GCUGCGCGUGCGGUCGGUCGCUUCAGCUUUGAAGGGUCUGACGUGAUGAAAAUGUCUAAUUAAAACAACGAGUCGUUCUUCUAAUUAUGUGACAGUCGGUUGUUUCUAGUGUAUAACGCGUCAGGACCGUUUGGGAAUCCAAUUCAGUUGAGGACCACCUCAUUUAGGAAGCCCGUCUGGUUUAUAAGCUCAGGGUUAGUGCGUCCUGCUGCCCGCACAGUGCAUGACCGACCCCUCCAUAGAUUCAAAUGGCUUGCUGUCUGAAGGACGAGCUCUUGUGUUCCAUUUGUCUGAGCAUUUAUCAAGACCCAGUCAGUUUCGGCUGCGAGCACUACUUCUGUCGUAAGUGCAUCACUGAGCACUGGAGCAGACAGGAGCGUCACAGCACACGAGACUGCCCGGAGUGCAGGAGGACCUUCACGGAUCCGCUUUUGUCCCCGAGCCUCAAGCUCUCCAACAUCGUGGAGAGGUACGCCGCUUUCCCUCUGGACGCCAUCCUCAACGCCCAGAGGAACUCGUACCCAUGCAAGGACCAUGAAAAGGUCAAGCUCUUCUGCUUGAGUGACAAGAGCUUGGUGUGCUUCUUCUGUGACGAGCCCGCCUUACACGAACAGCACCAAGUCACCUCCGUCGACGAGGCCUAUGAGGAAAUACAGAGGGAGAUGAAGGAGCAGCUGGUGUCUCUACAGGACAGUGAGAAGGGUCAUACAGAGGCUUUGCAGCUACUGCAGAGACAGCUCACCGAAACCAAGUCGUCAGCGAAGAGCCUUCGUGCCACGAUCGGCGAUGCGUUUGAGCGACUGCACCGUUUCCUGCGCGAGCGGCAGAAGAGCACGCUUGAGGAGCUGGAGGCGGAUACGGCUCGCACGCUCUCCGACAUCGAGCACAAGAUCCAGCGCUACAGCCAGCAGCUCCGCGACGUCAAGGAAGGCAUCCAGAUCCUUCAGGAGCGACUCAGCGAGACCAGCCGGCACGAGUUCUUGGAAGGAAUAGCCGUGACGUCGGACAGGGAGCAAGUGAUUCGUGGAGGGUAUUGCUGGUGGAAGCUACCAAGAAUAAAGGGAAAGAUCCAUGAAACGAACCUCACCUACGAAGACUUUCCGACAUCCAAAUACAUGGGGCCCCUACAAUAUACAAUCUGGAAGUCCCUUUUUCUGGAUAUAUCACCAGUGCCUGCGGCUUUAACCAUGGACCCCAUCACUGCUCACCAGCGCCUCAUACUGUCGGACGACUGCACCAUCGUCGCGUACGGGAACCUGCACCCACAGCCGCUUCAGGACUCGCCGCGCCGCUUCGACGUGGAGGUCUCGGUGCUGGGUGCCGAGGGCUUCUCCGGGGGCGUGCACUAUUGGGAAGUGAUGGUGUCCGAGAAAACCCAGUGGAUGAUCGGUGUGGCCAAUGAGACGGUGAACCGCAAGGGCAGCAUUCAGAUCCAACCCAGCCGAGGCUUCUACUGCAUCGUCAUGCACGACGGUAACCAAUACAGCGCCUGCACCGAGCCCUGGACGCGCCUCAACGUGAAGAGCAAGCUCGAGAAAGUGGGCGUCUACUUGGACUACCCCAAAGGUUUGCUGGUGUUUUACAACGCCGACGACAUGUCCUGGCUCUACACCUACCGAGAGAAGUUUCAAGCCAAACUUUUCCCAUACUUCAGUCCCGGUCAAAGUCACGCCAAUGGAAAAAACGUGCAGCCCUUGCGAAUUAACACCGUGCGUUUAUAGAUACCGAG